AUGCAUAGGGGCGUGGCAUCAGCUUUUGAUCUAUUGUUUCCAGUGGGAAGAAUUCACCUUCAGCUGAAGACUAGAACCGCAGCGCAUGGUAGAGUUGGAGCUACGGCAGCUGUUUGCUCUGCUGCAGUUCUGGAAUACCUGAUUGCAGACGUUCUUGAAUUAACUGGUAAUGCAAGCACGGAUCUUAAAGUGAAGAGAAUCACCCCCAGAUCUGGAAUUUUCUCUGGCUACCAUCAUGCAUUUGAGAAAACGAAGAAUAAAGAGCCAGAGGAGGGAGGACGAGCAGUGGUUUGUGUGUCGUCGUUAGUUACUCUAGUUCGCUGCAACGCCGGUGUUACUUUGCCAGAGAAGAAGGUUUGUCAAUAUGUUCCAGCCAAAAUCUUAGAAGCAGUUCAACGGCAGAUGAAGAAUGAAAGAGAUUGGUGGAACAGGUACAAGAAUAUGUUCUAUUUCAGACAGUGCAGAGACUCAGAGACAGACGAACUAGGUGGAUGA